AAUAAUAAUAAUAAUAAUAAUAAAAAUAAAAAACAAUUGCUAUGCGUGUAGAAGGGGAAUUUAAAAAUCUAUAUAAUGAGGUGAAUUAAAGCCAGAAACCACCUCAAAAACAAAAACUGAAAAGAAAGAAACUAAAACAAACAAAAUGAAACCACUUCAUCAUCUGUUUUUCAUACAACCAGCCCUUUCUUUGUUUCUUGUUGUGUUAACAAUGCAACAACUCACAACAGUUUAUACCCUCGAUAGCACUAAUUAUGGAGGUAACGAAACUGAUUAUACAGCAUUGUUAGCAAUCAAGAGCAAACUUAUCGAUCAUAGUGUUGAUGGUGUUUUAAGCUCUUGGAAUCACUCUCAUCACCAUUGUUUUUGGGAUGGUGUGACUUGUGAGCACAGACAUAAUACAGUGAUUUCGUUAUCGCUAACCGGAAAUUUUUUAGGAGGAACCAUAUCUCCCUUCAUUGGAAACUUGAGCAACCUGAAAAUGAUAGCGUUUGGCAAUACGGGUUUGCAUGGUCAUAUUCCCCCUGAAGUUGGUCGUUUGUUGAAGCUGCAAUCACUAGAUUUGUCUAAUAAUCAACUACAGGGGGAGCUUCCGAUGGGAUUAGGCGCGUCGUCCAACCUCAAAUACCUCUGGGUUUACUCUAACAAACUCUCUGGAUCUCUCUUCCAAGUGAUACAAAAUCUUACUAGGUUGGUUGUGUUUCAAGGUCAAGACAAUGGGUUUACGGGAACUAUUCCUACGAGCAUUUUGAGGGUGAGUAACCUAAUUUGUUUGAACAUCUCAUCAAAUCAAGUGUCAGGUAUAAUUCCACCAUCCAUUUCUAACCUGUCCUCGCUUGAGUUAUUGGACUUGUCUAAAAAUCAACUACAUGGGGAGUUUCCGGUGGAAUUAGGAGCGUUGUCCAACCUCAUACGGUUGUUGGUUUCCUCUAAUAAAAUCUCUAGUAUGAUUCCUUCAUCCAUUUCUAACCUUUCCUCUCUUGAAUAUUUAGACUUGUCUAAGAACCAACUACAUGGGAAACUUCCGAUGGAAUUAGGAGCAUUGCCUCGCCUCAUAUUUCUUAAUGUUUUCUGCAAUAGUUUCACUGGUUUGAUUCCCCCAUCCAUCUUCAACCUCUCCUCCCUUGAAGUAAUAUAUUUGGCUUUCAACCAACUACAUGGAAGAUUACCACUUACAGCUUCACUUCCUCACUUAAAAUCUCUUCUACUUUUCAACAACCAUCUUUCAGGCCCAUUACCAAUGUACUUGUCAAACCUCACACGUCUUGAAAAUAUUGAGUUUGGUAGAAACAACUUAAAAGGUAACAUGUCCAAUUUUGAUUUUGGACACCUUCAUAGCCUGAAAAAGCUAAUCCUCCAUGCCAAUAGUUUUGAAGGUGACAUCUCUUUUAUAACUACAUUGGUUAGUUGUAGAAAAUUGUAUCAUCUAUCAUUGGGACACAAUUACUUCACAGGAUUACUACCAAGAUUAGUAGUCAAUCUUUUCACUACUUUAACAUGGCUUGAUAUUAGUCAAAAUUUAAUAAGUGGAGAAUUUCCUAAAGAUAUUAGUAAUCUCAUCAACCUUAGGAUCAUAUACAUGGAUUCAAUUGGCCUCACUAGAACCAUCCCUCAAGAUCUUGGAAAGCUUCAAAAGCUAGAGCAAUUAUAUCUCAAUAACAACAAAUUGACCGGUGAAAUUCCUAUUUCAAUAGCAAAUUUACCAUAUUUGAGCAUACUAAGCUUAUCAUAUAACAAUUUGGAAGGCAGCAUACCUCCAAGCCUUGGUAAUUGCAAAAACCUAUUGUCUUUGUAUCUAUCCAAUAAUAAUUUCAAUGGACCCUUGCCUAAGAAUCUCUUUGCAGGAUCUGCCAAGUUUGUUAAAUUACAUUUAUCUUAUAAUAAAUUAGAAGGGCCCAUGCCUGUUGAGAUCAGCAAGCAAGUUAGUAUAGUAGAACUUGGUUUGUCUGGAAAUAAACUGAUAGGAUUAAUUCCAGAUGUCUUUAACUACUUACCUGAACUUGUAAUAUUGUAUAUGGGUGACAAUAUGUUUAGUGGUUCAAUUCCUCCUACAUUCACCUUUUUGAAAAGUCUCUCAGUAGUGGAUCUUUCCAAGAACAAUCUUUCUGGCACCAUUCCUCAAUGUUUUUCUACCUUUCCCAUCAUGUACCUUAACUUAUCUUACAACGAUUUUGAGGGAAGUGUUCCAACUAAAGGAGUUUUUGCGAAUGCAAGUGCAAUAUCUCUCGAUGGCAAUAGUAGGCUCUGUGGUGGAAUUUGGGAGCUACAUCUAACAAGAUGUGUGGAAAAAAAUGGGAAGAAAAGAAGAAUGUCUCAUGCUCUCAAGCUGACUUUUAUGAUAACAAGUGCAUGCGUCGGGGUAUUGGUCAUGGCCACAUGCAUAUGGCUCUACUUGAAACGUCGUAGCAAGAAAGGGAAAUCUAGCUCAUUGGGCGCACUACAGAAGGAGUCAUUCUUGAAAGUGUCCUACGACAUGCUACUCAAAGCGACCGAUGGAUUUUCUUCAACAAAUCUACUUGGCUCGGGUACUUUUGGCUCUGUGUUUAAAGGGAUGCUUGAUGGAAAGGCGGUUGCCAUUAAAGUACUCAACUUGCAACAAAGAGGUGGGUCUAAGAGUUUCAUGACAGAGUGUGAGGCAUUGAGGAAUAUCCGUCAUCGUAAUUUGGUUGGGAUACUGACAGCUUGCUCAAGUAUGGAUUUCCAGAGAAAUGAUUUCAAAGCUCUUGUUUAUGAGUUAAUGCCCAAUGGAAGUGUUGAGAGAUGGCUACACGAAAAUGGAAAUCUAAGCCUUCUCCAAAGGUUGGAUAUAGCCAUUGAUGUGGCCCAUGCUAUAAAUUAUCUCCAUUGUGAGUGUGGCAGCCAGAUUGUGCAUUGCGACCUAAAACCGAGCAACAUAUUGCUUGACAAUGACAUGGUUGCACGUGUAGCAGAUUUUGGGUUAGCAAAGGUUCUUCAUCCACCCGUGCACCCAAAUCAAAGCAGUUCAAUUGGCAUUAAGGGAACUGUUGGUUAUGUUGCUCCAGAGUAUGGCUUGGGAAAUGAAGCAUCUUUUGAGGCUGAUCUCUACAGCUAUGGAAUUCUACUUCUUGAGCUAAUGACAAGAAAGAGACCCAUCGACCAUAUGUUUAAUGAAGACUUCAACCUCCAUAUGUAUGCAAAGGCAGCUUUACCUGACCAAGUGUUGCAAAUUGUUGACUCAACACUUUUAGAGGAUAAAAGUGACGAAUUAGAUGAAACAAGACCACGAACUCAAGUAAUGCUUCAAAAAAGAGAGGAGUGCAUGGUGUUUGUCAUUAACAUUGGAGUUGCUUGCUCAAGUCAAUUGCCAAACGAUCGAAUGAAGAUAAGGGAAGUCAUAAGCGAGCUACAACAUGCUAGAAACAUUCUAUGCAAGCCCAAAUGUAGGCGCAACUUGCAAAGAGGCGCAAGUAAUUGAGCAUUGCACGAGAUAAUUGGCCUCGCCUUCCUAAAUCCAUAGCAAUCCAAAGAUUAUGAUAUCAUCUUGGCGCUCUAGAGGUGCCCUGCUCAUGAUUAUACUAGAAAUGAUUUCUGUGUAUCAACACAAAUAAAGGUAGUUGAUUUCAAUUUCCUGUGCGUGCAUCCAUGUAACUAUUGUACUUUUUAACCUGUCCAAAAAAAAGGAAAAAUAAAAAACCUAUAAUUGUACUUUUCCUAAUAGUAUAAUCUAUUCAUGUUCCAUGAUUAUGUUUAUCCAGAAGGUU